GGAAAGUUGUCGACGCUAACAAAAUAUUUUCGCGGAUGGAGUACCGAGUCCCUGCCGCACCACUGAGCGGCACGGCGGAGAGAGAAGCGUACCAAAUUUAUUUUAUUAAAAUUGAAUAAACACGCGGGAGCGGUGCUGUAACAAAAAUAACGCGGCCAGCCUGGGCUCGUGGCGUAAAUUUUAGUUUCGACAUAUUCGUUUUACGCGAGACCACGUUGAUCAUAUUUGAAACGUUUUGAUCGCGGUGAAAAUACAAAACUGCGACCGACAACGGAACUGGCGAAUAUGUCGUUUUUAAUUAAUGAAGUUACCGCUUUUCGUCCCUUGCCUUUUUUUGAGUGAAGUUUUGUGUUAGUUUUACAUAAGUGUGUCGACGAAACGCCAUGUUCAAUCAUACGAGCAGUUCGUACAAACCCAGUUCCGGCAGCUAUAACAUAAAGAACGAUGGCCCGAGGAGGAAACUUGACGGCAACCUUUGGAUGGAGAGGACUAGAAGGAAGUUGGAGAGAAGGCGGCGUAAAUCACUUGAGUGAUAUAGUGAAACGGCGGGGAGGUAUGUGGGGCGGGGGUGCGCAGUGCGUGCACGCAUCGCUGCCGCGCGGCGCGCGCGCUCAACCGGCGCCGGCGCCGACGCUCAGUGGCGCCAUCGCCAGCCGCCGCCCUCCCCGGCCCACUCCUCCUUCUCCGACGUUGGUGGCACAAAUCGAUUCAUCAGUGGCCUGCCUCUGGUUGCUGACUCCGCUAUCAGCUGGCACAGCAGUUGUGGCGGUGCUGGUGGCAGUUUCCACCAACAACUGGCUUCACACAGAAGAGAACAUGCUGAACCCUUCGUUCAAUGGCACGGGAAACCACGGGCUGGUGGCACAACACACUGUCUCCGGCCUGUGGAGGAUAUGUCACACUGAUCCUGGCAGUACGGUGUACCGGUGCUUGGACAUCCCUUACUUCCCAUUGUCACAAUACACGCCAGAUCAAAGUGACUCCACAAACGCAAUACCAUAUGUGGUGACGAGAUCGGCCGCUCCUCUCCUACUGGCAGUUUUAACGCAGGCAGUUGGUGCUUUAUGCUGCGUCUUAGGACACUGCGUGAAGGGUCGAAGGCUGUGCACAUUCAUCGCUGGCGUGCUCUUUAUUAUUUCUGGUCUCAUCAUGCUUACUGGGAUCGUCAUGUACAUAUCUGUAUUUAAGCAACAAGUGGGCCACAAGCUUCGCUACAUGACCCUGUUCGACGCGCCUCGAAUGUCCUACAGUUAUGGAUAUUCCUUCGGCCUUUACAUAAGCGGUUUCAUCGCAGUCGAGCUAGCGGGCACUUCGGCCAUAUUCCUCUUCCUACAAUGGUACCAAAAAGACUGGAUAACAGAAUUAACAGAGAAAGCGAAGGCGGACUGUCGAGCUUGGGAUCGAGAGUUCGCUUUCUCAGACUUUCGAGAUACGGACUCAACGUUACUAGAAAGGCGGAUGAUGAAGAGAGACACUUACCCACCGACUGGUUCUUCGGCAGCGACUCCACACGAAAGAAGACGAUUCGUAUUCGACGGGGAUGAUAAUAUGCCUCACUGUUCAAUACACAAAAACAGGAGAAUCAAUCUGAGCUCAGCGUCUCUCAAAGACUUAUCAUCUUCCACACUGUACGGGUUCCCGGCGGCUCCUAGACCGACGGCUUGUGACAACUACUUUGAAGAGUUUAAAGAAGUGCCUCAGAGCGCGAAUACUCUGAGCGGAUUGCGAAGUGCAUCGAUAUUUCAGUCGCAAGCUUCAGUUGCAAGCGGGAGAUUCUUGGACACGAGUGCUGUAGAACCACCGCCGUCAAGAGAAGAGGAAUUGGUGACUUUCAGUGCGGGAACAAGGGGUCAAAACGAUGAGAAGAAUCCACCCCGACACGACCGCGCCGUAGGAACCGAUCCUUAUCGACGUACCACACCCGUCUGAUCCAAAACCUCCUUGGGUCACCCCAAACGUUUAUAAAGCAUAUCGGACAAGUGAUAAAAGUGAUAUUGCUGUUUCACGUACUGUUUACACCUAGACAUUGUAAUAUUAUUAUAUUGACUAAUAAAUUGUACGUAGCCAGGUAUGCGUACCUACAUAAAGGUUAAGGAGUGUCUUUCGAAUUUAUGAACGUACAGAACAUACGUGACCUUGUGUUGUUUAAUACGAGAAAUUUUUAAUUGUUACAUUUCCUUAAAUAAACACUGCCAUUUGU